CUUCGACAUGUUACGUGGAGAAUCUUCCUCAAGUUCUUCUGAUGAAUCUUCGCGGUGGAGCUACCAUGUUUAUUUGAGUUUUGGAAUGGAAGGCACUCACGUAGAUUUUGCUAACACCUUAUGUGUUUCGUUGCAGCGAAAGGGAAUCUUAACUUUCAGAUAUGAUAAGCUAGUUGAGAGAGAUGUGAUGUUGAAAAAAGUUCAGAAGGCAAUGGAGGAGUACCUUGUUGCCAUUGUCCUUCUCUCCGAGAAUUUUGCCGCCUCCACUUGGUGUUUGGAGGAACUUCGAAAGAUUCUUGAUGUGGGAAAACCAGUCAUUCCUGUGUUUUAUGAAGUCGUUCCUUCCGAUGUUCGGCACCAGAGAAAUAGUUUCGCUAAGGCUUUCGAAGAACAUGAAAGAAGAUUAGAAGAAGAUCAAUUGAAGGUGCAACAAUGGAGGAAAUCCUUGAAAGAAGUUGUGGACUUUUCUGGCUGGGAGUCCAAGGAUAGGGGAAGGGAAGAACUCAUUGAAGACAUUAUUAAAUCGGUAUGGACAAAAAUACGUCUUAAAUUGCCAUCAUACGAGGAGGAAAGGGUUGGAAUUGAUUCAAGAGUUGAGAAAAUACGUUCACUUUUGAAGCUGGAAUUGAAAGACGUGGUUCACUUCACUGGAAUAUGGGGCAUGGGUGGUAUAGGAAAGACAACUCUAGCGAGAGUUGUAUUUAAGAAAAUAUGUAGCCAAUUUGAUAUUAGUUGCUUCCUUGAAAAUGUGAGAGAGAUUUCUGGGAAAACUCAUGACAUGCUUACCUUACAAAUAACACUUCUCUCUCAUAUGGAAGUGAAAGAAUUCACAAUCCAAAAUUUGGAUGAAGGAAAGAUCGUAAUAGGAGGUAUCUUACGCAACAACAAAGUUCUCCUGGUCCUUGAUGAUGUUGAUGACGCAAGACAACUGGACAGUUUGGGUGUGAAUGAUCAAGGGAAGUUUGGCCCUGGGAGCAGGAUUAUAGUAACAACAAGAGACAUGGAAGUACUAAAACCACUUGGAAAUUUUGAAAUUUGUAAAAUUGAUCUGUUAAACUCUGAUGAAUCCCUUCAACUUUUUUGUCAUAAAGCAUUUAAAAGAGAUAAACCACCAGAACAACUAUUGCAGUUGUCAAAAGUGGCUGUUCAACAAGCUGGAGGCCUUCCUCUGGCCCUUGAGAUGAUGGGUUCAUCCUUCUUUGGGAGAAACGAAUCUCAGUGGAAAGAACUUUUAGAUAUGAAAGAAUACUCAAAGAAAGAUAUUGUGAUGGAGAAACUUACAAUAAGCUAUCAUGGGUUACCAGAAACAAAUGGAAUUGAUGUACUAAUUGGUAAAUCACUGAAAAAAGAAUCGAUUCAGGGUAUAGUUUUGAAGUCGUCCACUGAGCCAUACAUUGCAAAUUGGGAUCCCGAAGCCUUCUCAAAGAUGUACAAUCUCAAAUUCCUUAUAAUUAAUUUUCACAAUAUACAAUUUCCCCAUGGCCUCAAAUGUCUUAGCAGUUCACUGGAAGUUCUUCAGUGGACAAAGUGUACUUUGGAAGCUCUGCCGCUUGGCGUUAAGCUUGAGAAACUUGUAGUGUUAAAAAUGCGUUACAGCAAAAUAAAGAAGAUCUGGAGUGAUUCUCAACAUUUCAAAAGGUUGAAGUUCAUUGAUCUUAGCCAUUCUGAAGAUCUAAUUGAAAGUCCUAUAGUUUCUGAGGUUCCAUGUCUUGAAAUUUUGCUUCUUGAAGGUUGUAAAAACCUUGUCAAGAAAUCAGAAAAUCUUAUCUGCCUACCAAAGUCUGUUUGCUAUGUCAGUGGGACAAAAGUUCGUUUAGAAAAUCUUAAAGAGCUUUCUUUUGGUGGAGGAAAAGAACUAACAUCCAACUCAUCAAUAUGUAGGAAGAAACUAGUUUCGAAGGAAUUAAUCUUGCCUCCUCUUUCUAGUUUAACAAGCCUCAAGUUCUUGAAUUUAAGUUACUGUGACCUUAAUGAUGAAUCAAUGCCAGGUGAACUUGGAUCCCUAUCAUCUUUGUUGGGCUUAGAUCUAAGCGGUAACAAUUUUGUUAGACCUACUUACUGCAUUAGAAAUCUUCAUGCCUUGAAGAGUUUGACCUUAAUUGAUUGCCCAAGGCUUGAGUCUUUGCCAAUGCUCCCACCAAACGUUCAAUGUUUGUGUACAGCUAACAGUACUCAAACGAAACCCUUGAAUUCAGAUGCAUAUAUGCUAUGGAAGAUCUUUGAGUUGCACAUGAAUCAGGGGCAGAUUUUAGAACUCUUUGAACAUAAAUUGAACUGUUUUUGUCCGAGGGUGCAUGUCAAGGCUUCAAUGUUAAGUGGAGAAUCUUCCUCAAACUCUUCGAGAUGGACAUACCAUGAUUUUUUGAGUUUUCGAGGACAAGACACGCGCUUAGGUUUUACAGAUCACUUGUACGCUGCGUUGGUGAGAAAGGGAAUGAUAACUUUCCGAGAUGACAAAAAUCUAGAGAAAGGAGAUAAGAUAGAUAAAGAACUAUUUAAAGCAAUUAAAGAGUCCCUCGGGGCCAUUGUGAUUCUCUCUGAGAACUAUGCCUCUUCCUCUUGGUGUUUGGGGCUCAACAAAAUUCUGGAAUCAAAUAAAGCUCUGGGGAGAAAAGUUUUCCCAGUUUUCUGUGGGGUUAGUCCUAGUGAGGUUCAACACCAGACAACAAAGAGUUUUGAAGAGGCUUUUCAGAAACAUGAAAGAAGAUUUGAGAAAGACACAGAAAAGGUGCAACAAUGGAGAGAUUCCUUGAAGGAGGUUAGCCAAAUUGCUGGCUGGGAGUCCGAAAAUUACCAGCAUCAAACGGAGCUCAUUGAAAACAUUGUUGAAUCGGUAUGGACAAAGCUACGUCCUGAAAUGCCAUCUUUCAAUGAUGGGUUAGUUGGAAUUGUCUCAAGGGUUAAGAAAAUGGACUCACUUUUAAGGAUAGAAUCGAAGGAUGACGCUCGCUUUAUCGGAAUAUGGGUGGGUGGCAUUGGAAAGACAACCCUAGCGAGAGUUGUCUUCGGGAAAAUCCAGCACCAUUUUGAUAUUAGCUGCUUCCUUGACAACGUUCGAGAGAUUUCAAAAGAAAGUGGUGGCAGGCUUCGUUUACAAGGAAAACUCCUUUCUCAUCUGGGUAUAAAAGGCUUAGAAAUUAGAGAUUUAGACGAGGGAAAGAACACAAUAAGAGAACUUCUAUUCAAGAAGAAAGUUCUUCUUGUCAUUGAUGAUGUUGAUGAUACUAGCCAACUAGAGAGUUUGGCUGAGAGGUUAGAGUGGUUUGGCCCCGGGAGCAGAGUUAUAAUAACAACAAGAGACACACACGUCCUAAUAUCACAUGGAAUAGUUGAAAACUACAAAAUUGACAUCUUAAAUUCUGACGAAUCCCUUCAACUCUUGAGCCAGAAAGCCUUUAAAAGAGAUAAACCUGAUGAACAUUAUUUGGAGUUGUCAAAAGUUCUUGCCAAAUAUGCAGGAGGCCUCCCUUUGGCCUUGGAGCUGUUAGGUUCAUUUCUGUGUGGAAGAAGUGAAUCCCAAUGGAAAGUAGUGGAUAUGAUAAAGGAAGUGCCCCCGAGUCAUAUUGCGAUGAAAUCGCUUAGAAUAAGCUACAAUGGGUUGCCGCUACGUUAUAAAACUUUGUUUCUUGAUAUUGCAUGUUUCUUCAAAGGGAGGAUAAAAGAGCUUGUGAUACAAGCUCUAGAAAUUUGUGAGCGUUAUCCACCAGUUGGAAUUGACCUUCUGGUUGAAAAAUCACUGGCAACUUAUGAUGGCUUUACCAUAGGGAUGCAUGAUUUGCUUCAAGAAUCAGCAAAGGGAAAUUGUCAAAGAAGAAAGUUAUGUGGAUCCGGCAAAACGAAGUAGGCUGUGGACUCUAGAGGAGACAAAUGAAGUAUUAAAAUACAAUAAGGCAAGUUUUUUAAGCUAAUGUCCAAUUCCAUUAAUGUAUUUUUACUCUAUAUUUUAACUUCUUAUGAGAUGUCUUAACUUCAUCUGCAUUACUAUUAUUCUCUGCUAGGCAAAUGAAUCAAUUGAAGGUAUUGUUUUGAACUCGCCUGAAAAGGAAGAAGCUAUUUGGGAUCCUGAAGCGUUCUCAAGGAUGUAUAAUCUUCAAUUACUUAUCAUAAACUAUCGUGUAAAUCUUCCUACUAGCCUCAAAUGUCUUUGCAGUUCUCUGAAAUUUCUUCAGUGGAUGAACUAUCCUUUGGAAUCUCUGCGCCGCUUGGCGUGCUGCUAGAUGAACUUGUAGAGUUGAAAAUGCAUUCCAGCAGAAUAAAAAGGAUUUGGAAUGGAAAUCAAGUCA